GCUCGCUGGCUCGGAGCAGGCCCGGAGCAGGCCCGGAGCAGGCCCGGCUGGAGCGCCUCUCCUCCCGCAGCAGGGACAUGGGCGGCCGCGCGCACCGAGUGUCGCUGGGGGACGCCUGGAGCCGGCGAGUGCACCCUGACUUAGAAAGCGAGAGGCGAGGGCGAGCCCUGGACGUGGAGCGCCUCACCCACCUCCUGGACGGGGGCGCCCGGAACACUGCGCUGCGGAGGGAAGUCGAAAGCCUCUUCCAAGAUGACCCGGCGUUCAGCCUCAUCAACAAUUAUUUCAUGACGCCGAAUGAGCGAUACGAGGCCGCCAUCCGGAAGAGAGUCCUGCUGCACAGGAUGGCACAGCGCCUGGGCUGGCCGAAGGAUGGGCUCCAGCACCAUUAUGCCUUCAGAGCCAUCUCUGGGGAUGUGACUUUCAAUGUGCACGAUAUUGCCACGAAAGCCAUCAGGAGCCUGGGCUCAGAGGAGCAGAUCGCCAAAUGGGCCCCACUCUCGGAAACGUACCGGAUCAUCGUAACUUUCGCGCAGACGGAACUGGGACACGGGACAUACCUUCAGGGCCUGGAGACUGAAGCCACCUAUGAUGCAGCCACCCAGGAGUUUGUGAUACACAGCCCCACGAUGACUGCCACCAAGUGGUGGCCUGGAGACCUGGGACGGUCGGCCACCCACGCCCUCGUGAUGGCACAGCUGGUCUGCUCAGGAGCCAGGCAGGGCAUACACGGCUUUAUGGUGCCCAUCCGAAGCCUCCGGGACCACAGCCUGCUGCCAGGAAUCGCCGCUGGAAACAUCGGGCCCAACAUGGACCUUGAGAACGCGGACAAUGGCUUCCUGCGCCUGGACCACGUGCGGGUCCCUAGGGAGAACAUGCUGAAUCGCUUUGCACAGGUCUUGCCAGAUGGCACCUACAUCAGAUUCGGGAUAGCGCAGAACAACUACCUGUCCAUGGUGGUGGCACGCGUGGACAUCCUGGUAAACGGGGUCCUGCCCGCCCUGCAGAAGGCCUGUGUCAUCGCCACACGCUACUCCGUCAUCCGCCGCCAGUCCCGGCUCCGGCCCAGUGACCCAGAGACAAAAAUCUUGGACUACCAGACCCAGCAACAGAAACUCUUUCUGCCCCUGGCCAUGAGUUACGCCUUCCAUUUCCAGCUGGCCAGCCUCCGGGAGUUCUUCCAGAAUUCCUACGUCAACAUUCUGAACAAAGACAUCAGCCUCCUGCCCGAGGUUUGUGGGCACGUACAGUGGAAAGACUCUGCUGCUACUACAGAUGUCUUCAGUCGUCUGCUUUUCAGGGACACGGAGGGCGUGCUGCACGCCCUGACCACAGGCACUAAGGCCAUGAUGUCGGACUUCUGCACCCACGGGGCCGAGCUGUGCCGCAGGGCCUGCGGCGGACACGGCUACUCCAAGCUGAGCGCCCUGCCGUCCCUGGUCACCCAGCUGAUGGCCUCUUGCACCUAUGAGGGCGAGAACACGGUGCUCUACCUGCAGCUGGCCAGGUUUCUGGUGAAGAACUACCAGCGAGCUCAGCAGGUUGCAGGCCCUACAUUACAGAAGUCUCUCCCUCAGUCUGUCGCAUAUCUCGCCACGCCUCACCUGACCAAGUGCCCAGCCCAGAGGACAGCUGACUUCCUCUCCCCAGAGCUCUAUACCAUGGCCUGGGCACACAUGGCAACCAGGCUCAUUGAGGACUCGGUGCGUCAUUUGCAGACACUCAGGCAAUCCGGGGCUGACCAGCAUGAGGCCUGGGACCAGACAGGCAUCAUCCUCCUCCAGGCUGCUAAGGCACACUGCUACUAUCUCACCGUGAAGAGUUUUAAGGAAGCUCUGGAGAAACUAGACAACGAGCCAGCCAUUCAGCCGGCGCUCAAGCGCCUCUGUGACCUCUUUGCCUUACACGGCAUCUUGACGGACUCAGGCAACUUUCUUUAUGACGGCUUCCUGUCUGGCCCCCAAGUGGACAUGGUCAGAACAGCCUACCUGGACCUGCUGCUCCUGAUCCGGAAGGAUGCCAUCUUGUUAACGGAUGCGUUUGACUUCACCGAUCAGUGUUUAAAUUCUGCACUCGGCUGUUAUGAUGGAAAUGUCUAUGAACGUUUGUUCCAUUGGGCUCAGAUGUCACCAAACAAUAAAUCUCAGAACCCUGCCUACGAGAAAUACAUCGGACCACUAAUACAAAGUCGAGGAUCAAAACUAUGAGAGAACCAACAUCCGGCCGGGGAUUUAGCUCAGUGGUUUCACCGCAUGCUGCGCAAGUGCAAGGGCCCAAGUUCCAUCCCCGGUACCAAAAAAAAAAACAAAACAGAAAAAACCAACAUCAUUCCAGGACCAAGCAGCACCACAAUGUUAUGUAAACUUAAUAUUUAAAAUUAUGUUACAUAAUUUUAAAUCACCUUUUAGACACUGUCUGAUUAUCUGUGAAACUGUCUGAUUUAGUUCAAAAUGAAGACUAACAGGAAAGGGAGGAGUGAGUCGUUCUUGGAUUUGGUCAGUGGCGAAGUUUGGGGGUGUUUGUUGCACUGCUCCGUGCAGCUCAGCGCAGGGCCACACCCCAGCCCAGUUACCCUCCUUAAAAGGGUCCUCUGUCUUCCAAAAGUGCCUGUCCUGGGCCUGGGAUUUAGCUCAGUGGUGCCACCACCUGUCUCGAAAGUGCAAGGUCCUGAGUUCGAUCCCUGGUACCAAGAACAAAACAAAAGCGCCUGCCUAUACUUGGAAUGAGCUACAUAAAACGUAGAGCCUAAGAAUGCAACUGUGUAUCGAUUUUUUAAAAAAUCAAGUCUUCCACAGUGAAAAGUAAACUUUCCUUGAAAGAGACAUAAUUGUAUCAAAUUACCCAAAUAUAAUCAAGCCACAUUUCUCAUAUCAUUUCCGAUUACUCAGAUAGAUAAAACACAGAAAAUUAAAUGUUGACAAAUAAACUGCAAAGAAAAAAGCCCAGUUGCCUACUUUUCUUAAUUGAAACCCUUUAGUUGUUAAUAAUUAGUAGUAUAUAUGAGGGCCGGGAAUUUAGCUCAGUGGUUCCGCCGCCUGCCUCGCAAGCGCAAGGUCCCAAGUUCAAUCCUUGGUACCAAAAAAAAAAAAAAAAGCUGACAGUAAUUAAUAUAUCUGAGAAUAUUUAUCAAAAACAAACUUAUCUCCAGAAGAUCCACAAGGAGAACUCCUCAGUUUCAUAAACUUUCCUAACUUCCGUAACUUUGGAACAACCAGAAAUAUCCCUAUUUCCACAACUGUUUUCAACUCAAACAAUUUUACUUCAUAUUGCUCUCAAGUCGCUCAGGAACACCUAUCUGGUUGGGGUGCUGUUGUUCUUUUGUUUAGGUAACCAUCCAUCAAUUAGACACAGGAGCCAGUUUCCUCGAUGGUAACCUAAUACUAGUAUGUACACUGAUUUAUUGAAACCAUAGCAACUGGUCAAUAAGAGUAUGGGAUCUUGGUUUGAAGACGGUGAAAAUGGGGUAAUUAUGGAUUUCUGUGUGAAAAUUGUGUCAAAACAAGUAAAUUUUCCGAGACAUAAAUAAAUGUUCUCAUCUUGCA